CCUGGGCGUUGAGAUGUGGAGUUAUGGCAGCAGAAGUGGAAUCUGCUUGGUUUUCUGCAGGUCAGGUCCCCAAGCGGAGCAGAGAAAGAACAUCACUGCUGGUCGGCUGUAUCUGGCCCCGGGAACCCCGGCGGACGACAGAGUGGUGCCCUGAGAACAGCAAGACCUGACCUUCCAGCCCCCCGCCCUCCUGAUGUUUGAGUGGGCCUGCACUAUUCAGGAGGGAGUCACAGUUGCUUCAGCAUGAACUGGAAGGUUCUUGAUCACGUGCCUGUGCUGCUGUAUAUCUUGGCAGCAAAAACGUUAAUCCUCUGCCUGGCAUUUGCUGGAGUCAAAAUAUACCAGAGGAAAAGACUGGAAGCAAAACUACAAAGACAGGAGGCCGAAAAGAAGAAGCAGUCAGAGAAGAAAGAUAACUAAGGGGGAAACCAAAGAAAGCUACAUGCUAGAAACACAGUUGUACAUAGAAUUUCAGGAGGGGAUGGAGAGUCACAGGUCAUUGGAAGCCCCUGCAUGCACCCAAGAUAAAGAAACGCUGUUACCUUCAAGAUAAAGUGGAACUCUUUGGUAUGGCAUAUAAAUUCCUUCCCAAUCUGUCCUAACCCAGAUCACUUUUGCCACCUCUUCUGCCCAACCUCCAUGCUCCUGCAGGCCAUUCCUUGACCACAGUAGACGUUGGUGGUGCAGUGGUUAAGAGUCUGGCUGCUAACCAAAAGGCUGGCAGGUCGAAUCCACCAGCCGCUCCUUGGAAACCCUAUGAGGAAGUUCUACUUGGUCCUAUAGGGUCACUAUGAGUCAAAUCAACUCAACCUCAGUGGGUUUGGUUUGGUUUGGUUUGGCCUUUGCUUGUAAGUCCCUUUGUCUAGAUUGCAGGAAAAUUUUGAUGCUAAAAAUACAUAUUCAUUAACAGAUAACACUUCAGUAGUUCCUUUCUGUUAAGUCUAAAUGGCUGAGCAUAAGGGUUAAUGUCGAGCAAAUAAAGUAUUAGCUAUUAUUUUUAUCAAACAUUUCUUACUUAUCCCUUUGAUCUUCCUGUCUAGAUUUUGUAUUUUAAAUGUCAGCGUUGGUGGACUCCAGCUGAGAAGAAAGAAGACUUAAUUAUCGAAUGAUGUGUCAGAGGAUAAACUCUCAACCUUUAACUUAAUGUGAAUUUUUGUAUGCUUUUAAAGAACCAGUAUUUUGUUUACUAAAUUAAAAUGUCUGUAAAAAGGGUGUCUCUGGUCUCUUGAAGAAGCCACAGUGACUUUGUUGUGAGAAGAGGGAUGUUUUGCAAGCCCACGUCUCUUGUAGCAUUUCCUAAUUGUGGGGCUCAGAGCACAGAGGCCUUUCCCCGAGGACUGGACUGCAGCUGAGACCAUGGAGCAUUGUCUAGGCAUGGGUCAGUAACAUGAAACUUGCCUCCAAAAAUGGAGGGUGCCAAGAGACUGAAGAAAGAGGCAGGCAACUCCAGUAUGGCAGCAGAGGAGUUUAUUAGGAAGACUUACAAAUGAGACCAAGUCCUGGGUGGCUGCAGGACCAGAGAUCUCUACAGCCCUCAGUGGAAGGGCAGAGGUUUUAUAGUGGUGCUGGACAAUGGUGGCUACAUGCCAAGGACUUAUUUAAGGAUGACUUAGCAAACUGUAGUGAACUGGAGGACCACAUGAGGGCACUCAUGUUUGGCCUCACAAAGCCUCUUUCUCCUUCAGUUCACCCCUGAAGGCUGGCUCUUACAAUCUGGCACACUCCCCCCUUUUGCUGUAGCAUAAGAGACCUCGUUCCCUCCUUACCAGGAACAGAUAUAGAAGUGGGGUUAGCCAGGUGCCACCUGGUGCCCGUGCAUGUGCAACAGACAGAGAAAGUUAC